CGGGCUGGCCCAGCGCGUGCCGCUGCGGCCCCCCCAGCCCUGCAGCGCCCGGCCCGCGGAGGGGGGUCCUGCUGGUGCCGCCAAGGCGGAUGGAGACUCCGUGCUGGACCCGAUGGCCACGCCGGCGGGCCUGGGGCUGGGCCAGGCCGCCGUGGGGCCCGCCAGCGCCCUGGGCCUGGCCCGCCGCGUCCCGCUGAGGGGCACCCCCGGGUGCCCCCCCUCCACGGAGCGCCGGGCCUCCGUGCUGGGGGGCCCCAUGGGCGCCCCACUGCUGGAAAGCAGCCCCACAGCACGGCAUCCCACAGGUGCCGAGACCCCGGCAGCAGCCGGCACCACGGACCCCCGCUUCCGCUCACCCUUCGGCUCUGCCCGCCGCGUGCCCAUUACCCGGGCAGAGCACCUGCGACUCUGCAGCCAGCGGCCGCCCCUCUUCCGCACGCCCCGUACACCCUGCGCCCGGCGCCCGCCAGCGGGUGCCCAGCAGACCCCCACGGUGCGCUGGGGACCGGCCCUGUCCCCCCAGGCCAGCCCCGAGACCAAGUCCUGCCCCUCUGAGCAUGCCGGCCCGGCACAGGACCCUCCCCAGGACGCGGCCGUGGUGCGGCUCUUCGUGGGGGACGAGGGACAGCGGGACGCCGAGGCGACAGCAGAGGAGGGGGACAGGCAGGGCAGUGUCCCUGUCCCUGUGCCCCCCGUCGCCGGCGGGGCCGGGCCGGGCUGCGGCACCGCCGUGGCCCCCGGCUUGGGGGGGGCCGUGGCGGUGCCGCCGUCCCCGCUGGCGGUGCCGCCGUCCCGCCUGGCAGCGCUGCGGCAGCGCCUGGGCUCGCUGCUGGCGGCCUCGCAGCGCUUCCAGGAGGCCUGCCUGGACGACGAGUGCGCCUUCUACACCAGCCGCCCCCCCCGGCGGCCCCCCCGGCCCCGGCGCUGCCCCGAGCCCGUGGGGCAGCUCCUGCAGGCGCAGGACGCCAAGCACUUUAUCCCCAUCGACCGCCCCGUGGACGGCGGGGACGACUCGGGGUGACGGGGACGGACCCCGCAACGCUGCCCCCGGCCCCCCAUCGGAGCCAACGUCUGCAACUGGGGCCGGGCCCGCUUCCCCACCCGGGGGGGCCCGGCUGGACGCGCGGCCCGCGCCGGGCGCCCGCCCGGA